GGCGCCGGCGCAGCAAACCUGUUUUGGGAGCUUUUCCAGCCAUGGUGGAGGUCAAGUUGCUUUCCAAGUGUGGCAUCGAGGAUGACAUGGUACUUUCCAUCCGCGCCGGCACAGUGCGAAGGCAGGCGCAGAUUGCCAGCAGUCGUCCGUUUCGAUUUCCCAAGAUCACCAUGGAGGAGAACCCGCUCAAGAUCGACAUUCUCAAGCAGGUGGGCACGGCCUAUCUCGUGAUGAAGCCCGGAGAAGAUCAGUACAAAGUUACCUUCAAAGGUGAGUUGACCGCGGACAUCGAGGUGGAGCUUAGCAAGAUGGACGCAGAAGCGCCCAAGCCGGAGCCGGAAACGGAGGAGAAGAAGCAAGAGGCCAGCGCCAGCGCAAAGGAUGCUAAGGAGUACCUCGAGAAUCACCAGGUCCUGCAGUUUGUGCAGGCGGUGCUUCAGACGGUCAUCAAAGAGAGGCCUGCGGACCCCUACGAGUACAUGGCCAGGCAUUUCAUGAACGGCUACAGCUCUGAGGAGGCAAUCAAAGUGCAUGCCAAGAAGGCGCAAUCCGCCAUCUCGCAGCCUUCUGCACCAGAGCCAGUGGCUGCUGAGGAAAAGAAAGGGGAGGUUGCGGCAGCGGAGCCCGCCAAGGAGACCCCAGCCGCAGCCGCGGAGCCUGCACUGGAGACCCCAGCUGCAGCUGCUGCAGAGCCUGCCGCUGAGGCAGCUGCACCAGCACCUGAGCCAGCGGCCGCUGAGGAGGAUCCUGAUUGGAUGAAGGUGCUCAACGAGGCCCCAGCUGCCGCAGAGUCUGCUGCCGAGGCUGCAGCUGCGGAGCCUGCCAAGGAGACUCCAGCUGCAGAGGCAGCUGCCGCGGAGCCUGCUGCUGAGGCUGCGGCACCUGCACCCCCUGCUGAGGAGAAGAAGGAGGAGGCUGCAGCGGCGGAGCCUGCCAAGGAGACCCCAGCAGCUGUCGCAGAGCCUGCUGCCGAGGCGGCACCUGCACCCCCUGCUGAGGAGAAGAAGGAGGAGGCUGCAGCAGCGAAGCCUGCCAAGGAGACCCCUGCCGCAGAGGCAGCUGCGGCGGAGCCUGCUGCCGAGGCUGCGGCACCUGCACCCCCUGCUGAGGAGAAGAAGGAGGAGGCUGCAGCGGCGGAGCCUGCCAAGGAGGCCCCAGCCGCAGAGGCAGCUGAGCCUGCUGCCGAGGCUGCAGCACCUGCACCCGAGCCGGUGGCCGCUGAGGAGAAGAAAGAGGAGGCUGCAGCAGCGGAGCCUGCCAAGGAGACCCCCGCCGCAGAGGCAGCCGCAGAGCCUGCCGCCGAGGCAGCACCUGCACCUGAGCCGGCGGCUGCAGAAGAAAAGAAGGGGGAGGCUGCAGCUGUGGAGCCUGCAGCUGUGGAGCCUGCCGCUGAGGCUGCGGCACCUGCACCUGAGCCCGCGGCCGCAGAGGAGGAUCCUGAUUGGAUGAAGGUGCUCAACGAGGCCCCAGCUGCCGCAGAGUCUGCUGCCGAGGCUGCAGCUGCGGAGCCUGCCAAGGAGACUCCAGCUGCAGAGGCAGCUGCCGCGGAGCCUGCUGCCGAGGCUGCGGCACCUACACCCGAGCCGCCAGCUGCGGUGCCUGCCACAGAGCCUGCUGCCGAGGCUGCACCUGCACCUGAGCCGGCGGCCGCCGAGGAGAAAAAGGAGGAGGUUGCAGCUGCGGAGCCUGCCAAGGAGACCCCAGCCGCAGAGGCAGCUGCCGCGGAGCCUGCUGCCGAGGCUGCAGCAGCAGAGCCUUCCCAGACGCCAGCUGCAGAGGCAGCUGCUGCUGCCGAGGCUGCGGCACCUGCACCCCCUGCUGAGGAGAAGAAGGAGGAGGCUGCAGCUGCGGAGCCUGCCAAGGAGACCCCAGCCGCAGAGGCAGCUGUCGUGGAGCCUGCUGCCGAGGUUGCAGCUGCGGAGCCUGCCAAGGAGACCCCCGCCACAGAGGCGGCUGCCGCGGAGCCUCCUGCCGAGGCUGCAGCAGCGGAGCCCGCCAAGGAGACCCCAGCUGCAGAGGCAGCUGCCGCGGAGCCUGCUGCCGAGGCUGCAGCAGCGGAGCCCGCCAAGGAGACCCCAGCUGCAGAGGCAGCUGCGCCUGCUGCCGAGGCUGCGGUACCUGCACCCCCUGCUGAGGAGAAGAAGGAGGAGGCUGCAGCUGCGGAGCCUGCCAAGGAGACUCCAGCUGCAGAGGCAGUUGCCACAGAGCCUGCUGCCGAGGCUGCAGCACCUGCACCUGAGCCCGUGGAGGAGAAGAAAGAGGAGGCUUCAGCACCUGCUCCCGAGCCGGCGGCUACCGAGGACAAGAAAGAGGAGGCUGUAGCUGCGGAGCCUGCGAAGGAGACUCCAGCCGUAGAGGAAGCUGCCGCGCAGCCUGCUGCCGAGGCUGCAGCUGCGGAGCCUGCCAAGGAGACUCCAGCCGCAGAGGCAGCUGCCGCGGAGCCCGCUGCCGAGGCUGCAGCACCUGCACCUGAGCCGGCGGCUGCUGAGGAGAAGAAGGAGGAGUCUGCAGCCGCGGAGCCUGCCAAGGAGACCCCAGCCGCAGAGGCAGCUGCCGCCGAGCCUGCGGCUGAGGCUGCUGCACCUGCACCUGAGCCGCCGGUUGCCGAGGAGAAGAAGGCGGAGGUUGCAGCUGCGGAGCCUGCCAAGGAGACCCCAGCCGCAGAGGCAGCUGCCACAGAGCCUGCUGCCGAAAAUGCAGCUGCGGAGCCUGCUAAGGAGACUCCAGCCGCAGAGGCAGCUGCCACCGAGCCUGUUGCUGAGGCUGCAGCAGCACCUGCACCUGUGGAGCCUGCCAAGGAGACCGCAGCCGCAGAGGCAGCUGCCGCGGAGCCUGCUGCCGAGGCUGCAGCACCUGCACCUGAGCCGGCGGCCGCCGAGGAGAAGAAGGAGGAAGUUGCAGCUGCGGAGCCUGCCAAAGAGACCCCAGCCACAGAGGCAGCUGCCACGGAGCCUGCUGCCGAGGCUGCAGCACCUGCACCUGAGCCGGCGGCUGCUGAGGAGAAGAAAGAGGAGGCUGCAGCUGCAGAGUCUGCUAAGGAGACUCCAGCCGCAGAGGCAGCUGCCACGGAGCCUGCUGCUGAGGCUGCAGCACCUGCACCUGAGUCGGCGGCUGUCGAGGAGAAGAAGGAGGAGGUUGCAGCUUCGGAGCCCGCCAAGGCGACCCCAGCCGCAGAGGCAGCUGCCCCCCAGCCUGCUGAGGCAGCUGCAGAGCCUGCCAAGGAGACUCCAGCUGCAGAGGCAGCUCCUGCUGCCGAAGCGAAGGCGGAGGAAGCAGCACCUGCGUGAGAGCUGAUCUGAUUUUGUUGCAGCAUAGUUUUCCAUGUAGCUUGCACGUUUAGAAACGGUUCACCUUGUAGCAACAAGAUGCUGUAGUGGAACUUUCAGUUCAACCUUAGGAUGAGGCCAGUUGCAUGCAGUCAAAAUGACUGGCUUGCCUUUGGCUCCGCUCCGAUCGCCUUGGCGCCUUGGCUUCACUUGGCAGCCUCCUCUUCGGCUUUGUUUCGUCUGCCGAAGGGCAUGUUUCCCCCGGUAGACACCUG